AUGUCAGCAGGGUCCACCUCUGUUGACCUGUGUGAGAGCUCAGAGAUAGCAGCAGCUGUUCUCACCACACCAAGCCAAGAUGUUGCUCUCCGCAUUAAAGAGAGGGUAAAAGCCCUCCCUCUGAAACACGAGGAGAGAACCAAGGCUGCUGGAAUAAUUAAUGGGUUCAUUGACCCAUUCAUUAGCUACCUGAAGGAGUAUCCAGAGAGGCCCUACUUUAAGGAGGUGACCAAGUUGACCACGGGCAGCUACUAUGAGUUUGUGAAAAUUGAUCACCCAGAUGAGUUUGACCUGAUGCUGGCUCUGCCAGUUCCAAGAUAUGUUAAGUACACGGAGGUGGAUGACUGCAAUGGGCUCUACUACAAAGUUACUUUACUGAGGAAGCCCCGGAGCUUCCCCACACCUUUCCUGCUGGAGGAUAGGAGUACCGUGUCACCUGUGAAAGUCCUGGAGGAGUUCAGGAAACAUGUCAGUCAGUUCAUCGCAUCAUCCUACAAAGUGCCUUUCCCAGGGUGGAAAAUGAAGCUAAGCAGGAAGAAACAGAACAGCCCAGCAGCUACUGUCGUGCUGCUGGAUGACAAAGGUGGCGAAGUCAUGUCUAUAGAUCUCGUUCCUGCUUUGGAAAUCUCAACCCCCUGGCCUGAUUCAUGCGGCGUAGGGAAGGAUGUUGAAAAAUGGCUGGGGAAGAAAACCAAGCAGAGGAAUAAGUCAUUUUAUUUUGUUGCCAAGCAGCCACGUGGGCACGAUGACAAAGAGGUCUGGAGAAUUUCUUUUUCUCAUAUUGAAAAGGAGAUUUUGAAUAACCAUGGCAACACUAAAACCUGCUGUGAAUCUUAUCGUACCAAGUGCUGCAGGAAAACCUGUAUCCGGCUGCUGAAAAGCCUUUUUGGGGCCCUGAAGAAAGAUUAUCCCAGGCAACUAAGUCACCUUUGCUCUUACUAUGCAAAGACGUCCUUUCUCCACACUCUGACGCAGUGGAAAGAGGACUCGGACUGGAAACCUUCUGACGUCGCCUGCUGUUUUCUCAGAGUGCUGGAUGACUUCGUUCAGCACGUGGAAAACACCAGCCUGCCCCAUUUUUUUAUUCCAAACUGCAACCUGUUCUAUAGCUUCCCUCCAAAGGAUUUGAAAUUCCUGCUCGAGCGCUUACGAGAGCAGAAAGGGAAUGGGUUGCAAGCAUUUGCAGCCCAUGAGAAAUAGUUUCUUCCCAGCCAUGACUUUGAGUGAACAUGAUCUAUUGCUAUGAUUGUUAUGGAACCAGCUAGCAUUUCUUUCUCUGUGUUUUGAUGAUUCAGAUGCCAGACUCUGGAGCUCUUCGGCAACAAUUUCCAAAAGAAGCCACUGAUUUUGAGUGUCUCAGUUUCUGAGUGUCCAGUUUACGAUCAUCUGGGGGCCUGGUUUUCAUAGGUGCUGAGCACUGGCAGCUCCCCAUUAACUUCUGUUGCAGGUGUGGGUGUGCAGCAUCUCUGAAAAUGAGAUCCAGAGAAUCCCAAGUUGGGUGCUUAAAUAUAAGACACCAAAACCUAAAGGCCACUUUUGGAAAAUGCGCCUUAAUCCCUCUGUGCCACAUUUGCCCAUUUGUGAAAUUGAAUAGCAAUAUCUAUUUACCUCAUAGGACGCUGAGUGGGCUGGGUUAGACAAUAUGUGUACAGCAAUUUGAAAGUCUAAAAUGCUUAUAGAUAAGUGCUAAGUCUAAAUUCACCCAUCUGGAAUUGCAAG